AGCCCAGAAGCACUAAAUGUGGCUGUUUAGCAGUAAAAGACUCAACUCCAGCCACCAUCAGGUUAAUGGGUCUGGCAAAACUAGGAGAACAGAAUGAGGGUCGGGUAUCCAAAUCCCCCCAGUCCAAGCCUGGGGGCUGGGCUAUUCUUGGUCUAUGAAUACAUACGCCUAUUUAUACCACCGGGGUGGCCAGCAGCCUUCUGCAGCAGAGAACUACGCAGAGCUGCUACCGCUGCUGCUACCGCUGCUGCUGCUACCAGCCUGGGUUGACUGCAGUGUCAGGACAGCAGCCGGAGACUACAAGAGGAACCUGGUGACAGCCGAGAGGCCCCUGAAGCAGCCCAACUCUGGUGGGAUUUAGAGGCCCUUAGACACCAGCAAGAUGAAACAGAUUGGCUAAGUACCCCACCCCCCCGGAGUCCUCAGAUUGGAGGGAUGGGGAGUACCACGGAUCCCCCAGGGGGGUCCUACCUGAACCUGGGAGCCGUCACGUCCCCUGUGGGCACCACCCGCCUGCUACAGCUGGCAUUUGGCUGUACCACCUUCAGCCUCGUGGCACACCGGGGUGGCUUCGACGCUGCCUAUGGGACCUUCUGCAUGUCCGCCUGGUGUUUCUGCUUUGCCCUCACUGGUCUGGUGGUGGCCUUCGAGUUCACCCGACUCCACGGCUGCCUCCGUCUCUCCUGGGGCAACUUCACUGCAGCCUUUGCCAUGCUGGCCACCCUCCUGUCAGCCACGGCCGCCAUUGUCUACCCUCUGUAUUUUACCAGGCUUGAGUGCCCCCCAGAGCCAGAGGGAUGCACCGCCCGUGACUUCCGCCUGGCCGCCAGUGUCUUUGCGGCUUUGCUCUUUGUAACCUAUGCUACUGAAGUGGUCCUGACUCGGGCACGGCCAGGCCAGGUCACCAGCUAUAUGGCAACGGUGUCGGGCCUGCUGAAAAUCGUCCAGGCCUUCGUGGCCUGCAUCAUAUUUGGGGCCCUGGUCCAUGACAGCCGCUAUGGGCGCUUUGUGGCCACUCAGUGGUGCGUGGCUGUGUACAGUAUAUGCUUCAUAUGCACCGUGGUGGUGGUAGGCAUGAGUGUGACCGGCCGGGCCGGAACCCUGGGCUUUCCCUUUGACAGGAUUGUAGUUGUGUACACAUUUCUAGCUGUGCUGCUUUACCUAAGUGCAGCUGUGGUCUGGCCUGUCUUCUGCUUUGACCCCAAGUAUGGGACUCCCUCAAGGCCCUCAGGCUGUCCUCAAGGAAACUGUCCUUGGGAUAGCCAGCUGGUGGUGGCCAUCUUCACUUAUGUCAACUUUCUCUUCUAUGUUGCUGACCUGGCCUACUCCCAGAGGAUCCGCCUUGUGCCCAGUCUGUAGGCCCAAGAGAGCUAAUGCCACCCUCCAUCCACCCACCCAUAGACACAUACACACAUCUUCUGUGCUGGGGUUGGCCCCUUCUCUCUCUGACUUGAGGGCUUCUGGAUUUGUCUGAGGGAAAGAAAGGGUGUGUGGAGAGGGGAAAACAGAGGGAAAAUGUCUGGGAUGGAGUUGCUGAGCCUUGAAGGAGGGAAGACUGAGGGAGGGAGGGCAGCAGGCUUAGACAGAGAAGAUUUAGGAGACUGACAUUGGGAAGGCCACAAAUGAAGAAUGCAUUAGCCCAUGUGAGGGAGUUUAGUAACCUAUGGGGAGUGGUAUGACUCUAAAUGGGGAGGAAAGAGUAUUAUGUUGUCUACCCAGAACUUACAUAGCUGGAACAGGACAAUUUACCUAAAACCCAAUUUGCCUCAGAAUUAUUUGCCUUAUGGUAUGAGCUCAGUAGAUCAGUAUAUAUAUGGCUUGCAAGCUCCUUGAAGGCAGAGGCUGUUUCAUUUUAUUUGUCAUAUCCUCAGAAUUAACAAAGCACACAUAGAAAGUCCCAAAUGUCUUUUGAGCAUCAUCGGUUUUCAUUAUUUUAACAUCAUCACAUGAUCAGUGUUGUUUUGUUGUUAUUUUAAAAUUUAUUUCUGGAGAAUUGCUUUUUAGCAGGUGAUUGGUCUGGACCUCCCUUCUCGGAGACUCAUUAGUCUAAUCCUCUCAUUAUACAGGUAAGGAAAUGGAAAGCUAGAGAAUUUGAAUGAUUUGUUCAAUGUUACACUGCUGAUUAGUGGCAACGCUCUAACUAGGACUCCUGACAUCUGGUCCAGAGUUACUUCCAUUUUUGUUUGCUAUUUCUUGGUUCUUCACUGAGCUAGCAAGAGGUAAAGGUUGGAUCUGGAAAGCAGCCAGGAGGAAGUUGGGGAUGGAGUUGUGCACCAUUUCUUACAGAAUGAGAACCCAGCUUAGGAUACCCUGGACCCAGGUCCACUACUGCCUGGCAAGAACAUUUUGGGGGCACAGAAUGCUGUGGACAUGAUGCAUUGCAAGAAAUUAAAAUACUCUGGGACAUUGCCAUGUCAUGAAGGCCAGUGUUUGGGGUAAAAAAGACUGGAGUAUUUUGAGUAAUGUAGUUUCCCCUUAACCUCAGUUCCUGGACUUCUGGAUUCCCAUCAGAAGCAGCAAGUUUACAUUCAGUAAACUCCCUUCCAAGGGGCCACUACUAAAGAAUCCAGGAUGAACCCACACCAUGGAAAAGAGCCAACCACAUCAUCCUCUGACUCUUGGCUUCUUGGCUUGACCUCCAUCAUUCUUAAGUCUACAGCUCCAGAGAACUUUGGCUGGGCUGCUGCUAGGUCCCUCUUAGUCUUUCAGGAAGUACCUGAGAAUGGAAAUAAAGUAGAAGUUGAUUUGUACACUG